AUCAAUACCAUUAUGAAAAACAAAACUAUACCAUUUCAUAAAACGAAACAAAAAAAAACAGUACCAAAACAAUAAAAAAUCAAAUCAAAACCUCUCAUGUGCUCCUAGAGAGAGAGAGUGAGUGAGGAGAUCAUGUGAGGGAGAGGAGGGAAGGCAGGGUGGGGUGGUUGGUGGGGAAGAAGAUGACGGGAGGUAGCAGGAGGGGAGGGGAGGAGGGCGGCGGAGGGAAGGCGGCGGGGUGGCGCGGCGGGUGGGGAGGAGGGCGACGGGAGGUAGCGGGUGGUGUGAGGGGGAGGGAAGAGGGACGAUGGGGAGGGAGAUGAGUUGCAGUAGGAUUAGGGUUUGAGUAUAAUAUAUAAAAUAAUAAGGUGUGGUAUUUUUUCAUUUUUAAAUUUAUCCUUAAUCUAAUCUUCACCGUUAAUUUAAAAAUAAUGUAAAAUAGAGAUAACGAGUGGUGUAGAUUUUGGUAGCCACCAUGAUUACUAAAAAUUAAGUAACUUUGCUAACCUAUUACCUUAGAAGUGUUAUGAAAAAGGUUCCAUAAAUACUCUCUUCGACAUCUAAUCAGAAGUAGGGUCAUUUAGAUAUAAUCACUCCCGUUAUUUUGUUAUCAAUUAUGUUUAGUAUCUAUACUCUAUUUAAAUCGAAGAAAUAUAUUGUUCCCCUCUAUUGGUGGAUUAACUAGCAUGGUACAUAUUGUGUUAGUGAAUCAUGUAAAUAUAUGCGUCUCUUUUUUCUUACCUUACAUUAUCGAUUACCCGCUCUAUCGCAAUUUUACUAGAGUCUUCGACGAGUGAGAGAUCCUGUGUUCGAAUGUCAAAAAAUCCCAGUAUUUAUCAAGAUGAGAAAUUCGUGAUUUAUAAGUAAAAACUCAACUUUAACAUAUAAGUUGCGUUUUGUGGUGAAACGAAAGAGUUUUUGUAAGAAUUUCGAAGUGAAACGUGUUGCUCACUAUAGAGCAUUGCAAGUAUGAGUGAUCUCAAUAUUUUGUCGCGAAAAGGUUCGGAAUAUUACCAUAUAUAAUAGAAGCUGAACAUGCAGCUAGCACAUGUGUUACAGAGAUAAGGAGCUAGGGAGAAUUAAUGAAGAAGGAAGAUCGAGGGGAUCUGAGUGAUAAAUAAAUAAUGAAACAAAUGAUAUUAUGAAUAGCAACAUGGUAAGCAUGGUGAGGAAUUAAAAAGAUGUAUUUGAUUAAGGGAUGUAAUCAUAAUCAAUAUAUAUAGGAUAUGAAAAUGAGAAUCUGAGAACUCUAUAUCAUCUUAAAAGUUGAAACCCAAGCUUUAACUACAGAAAACCGGCCGAGAACUAAGAGCCUUUAAUUUCUCAACAUCCCGCUUCACGUGUUCCAUUUGCCAUCACUAGAAGGAGUAUGGGGUCGGGUGGUGACUGAUUAAUUAGAUUAUAUUUGAGAGCUGAUAAUGACUGAUUAAUUAGAAUAUUAAACUCGGCCGGCGAGGUUGGCCUUGCAUGAUUAAAGGCGUAAUCAUCAACCUGUUACUUGAUUAAGAGAUAUAAUAAUCAAUAUAUAGGUCGAACAUGAGAAAAAGCUCUUAAAACCCAACCUUUUACCCACAGAGAAACCGACAACCACAGAGCCUUUAAUUUCCCGACAUGGCGGCCGCCGCCGCCGCCGCGCCUUACGACCGGAUCGCCGAGCUGAAGGCAUUCGACGAAUCAAAAGCCGGCGUGAAAGGGUUGGCGGACGCCGGCAUCACCGAGCUGCCUCGAUUCUUCCACGCGCCGCCGCAUCUCCUCCACGACUACCCUACCGCUGCAGCCGGCGAUCCCAACUUCGCCUUCCCCGUCAUCGACCUGGAAGGCGGCGCGUGGGAACAAGAUCCCGACAAGCGGAAGCGGAUUGUUGCGGAGAUCAGUGACGCGUCGGUUAACUGGGGGUUCUUCCAAGUAGUCAACCACGGCUUCCCGGCCAGUCUCGUCGCGGAAAUGAAAGCCGGAGCCCACAGAUUCUUUGAGCUGGAUGUGGAUGAGAAGAAGCAAUACUACAGCCACGACAUGAGGAAGAAAGUCGUCCACCACAGCAACUUGAACAUUUACACAGCUCCCACCAUCAAUUGGAGGGACACCAUCAUGUUUCAGAUGGCACCAGAUCCGCCGGAGCCAGAGGAGUUACCAGCUUGCUGCAGAGAUGUCGUAACAGAGUACUCGAGGGAGAUACUGAAAUUUGGAGAAUUGCUCUUCCAGCUGUUGUCUGAGGCUCUAGGGUUGAAGCCAGAUCACUUGAAGGAAAUGGGUUGCGCAGAGGGAGUGAACCUGCUGUACAAUUACUACCCGGCCUGUCCUCAGCCGGAGCUAACUCUAGGGACAACCCAACAUGCCGAUGUUGGGUUCAUAUCUUUGCUCGUACAGGAUCACAUCGGAGGACUUCAGGUUCUUCAUCGGGAUCAUUGGGUCGACGUGCCUCCGGGUUCAGAGGGUAUUGUGGUCAACAUCGCGAAUCUGCUUCAGGUGAUGUCUAAUGACAAGUUUACGAGCGUGAAGCACAGAGCGCUGGUGAAGAGCGUUGGACCGAGAGCGUCGGUUAUUGCCUUCUUCGGUGUUGGAUAUGCAUCGGGCUCGAGAAUUUAUGGACCCAUAGAAGAGCUGGUGUCGGAAGAAAAUCCUCCGAGAUACAGGAAGACCACGGUCGAAGAUUUCCUCACUCAAUCUUACAAGCAAGGUCUUAAUGGAAUGUCUUUUUUGGACAAUCUUAAACUCGUGGUAGAUUAGCUAGGGUUUCGAACGUGAUGCUAUCAGCUUCUGCACGAAUAGUAUAUGAUUGAUAUGUUUGUUUUUUCUUUGUGAAUAAAGGUGCUUGAUAAGU